UCACUACAAACGAAUUUGUUACUCUAAAACCAAUGAGUGAUCGCGAAAACAAAGCUUACGAGAACGAAAUUUACGGAUCCAGUCGUUUCGACGGACAAAAAGUAAACCGUUCGAGUAAGAAUUCAUUCAGUUCCCAAGAAAGGGAACAGUCUAAGGGAGACUACUCUAACUACAAAAAUGGCACGAAUGGACCGGACCCGACUUGGCCUCAAACGCAGGGGUCAUUUGAUGAUGAGCCGCGGGACAAGGGGGAACAGAGACAGCAGCAGAAAUCUGAUGACAAUCCAGACGACAAGGAAAUCUCUCGUGAUGCCAUUCCAGACACUAACAUGGUCAUCGAGAGCAACUGGACAAGUGUUGUGGAGUCCUUUGAUGACAUGAAGCUGAAUGAACAACUUCUACGAGGAAUCUAUGCCUAUGGUUUCGAAAAACCAUCUGCUAUCCAGCAGAGAGCUGUCAUGCCCUGUAUUGCAGGCCAUGAUGUAAUUGCCCAGGCCCAAUCCGGUACAGGCAAGACAGCCACCUUCUCUGUUGCAAUCCUUCAGAGACUGGAUAUCUCCAUCAAGUCUUGCCAGGCCCUGGUUCUUGCUCCCACCAGAGAACUCGCACAACAGAUUCAGAAAGUGGUUGUUGCCCUCGGUGACUAUCUUGGAGCCAAGUGUCAUGCCUGCAUUGGUGGCACAAAUGUCCGCGACGACAUUCGCAAACUUGAAGAUGGUAUUCAUGUGGUCGUGGGAACCCCGGGACGUGUGUUUGACAUGAUUAACAGGCGUGUUCUGAAUUGCAAACACAUCCAGAUGUUUGUUCUGGACGAGGCCGACGAGAUGUUGUCCCGAGGAUUCAAGGAUCAAAUCUAUGAUGUUUUCCAGUACAUGAACGCCAACACCCAGGUGGUGCUGCUGUCUGCCACGAUGCCUGUGGAGGUGCUUGAGGUGACACAGAGGUUCAUGAGGACUCCAAUCAGGAUCUUGGUGAAGAAAGAAGAGCUCACCUUGGAGGGUAUCAAACAGUUCUACAUCUCCGUAGAGAGAGAGGAGUGGAAACUGGACACCCUUUGUGAUCUGUACGAGACUCUGACCAUCACACAGGCUGUCAUAUUCUGCAAUACUCGAAGGAAAGUAGACUGGCUCACAGAGAAAAUGAUGUCCAGAGACUUCACAGUAUCUGCCUUGCACGGCGACCUGGAUCAGAAGGAACGAGACGUCAUUAUGCGGGAGUUCCGCACAGGAUCCAGUCGAGUGCUGAUCACCACCGACUUGCUUGCCAGGGGCAUUGAUGUCCAACAGGUGUCGCUUGUCAUCAACUAUGAUCUGCCCGCCAACAGAGAAAACUACAUUCAUAGAAUUGGACGAGGCGGACGAUUUGGCCGAAAGGGUGUGGCCAUUAACUUUGUGACAGAAGCUGAUACCCGCACAAUGCGGGACAUCGAAGCCUUCUACAACACACAGGUUGAAGAGAUGCCUAUGAAUGUUGCUGACCUUAUUUAAUUUAAGUCAAAUCUAGGUCUUUUUCACUGGUUCCGAUUCAAACACUGGGACUAGUCGCAAGGAUUCUGUUUGAAACAAUCUAAAAUUGACUUAAUGCAUUCAUUAGCUCUUACGUAAUGUCUAUUGUUUUCUCUUGCUGACUGUUUGCAAAAACGGUCAUGCAAGGUUAUCAGCUGUCUGAAGCAUCAGCCAUGUUAAUACCAACUAAAUUAUGCCUAAUUAUUAGCAGCACUCAUUAUUUUUAUAUUACCAAAUUGUUUCCUUUGUUGCGCAUGUAAAAAGGCACCACAGUAUCAGAUAUUUUGAUAUUGUGCAAUACCAAGCAUCUUUAAAUUUUUAAAAAUUACAAAAAAAUAGCAAUUGUCAUUUGAAAAAAAAUGUAAGUGAAAAAAAAAUCCUGUACAGACGUUGAAAUGUAUCAUUUUGUGUUGUUCGUCGUCCAUUGCUCUGUGGUAUGCAUCACAGCCUACCUUCCUACCACCACUCAUAGGGGCGGGCGGCUCAUGUUGGUCCGCGCGGGAUCUGGGUUAUGACUGUUCCAAGAAACGCGGCAAAAAACAUACUAGAUGUAUUAAAGUCAUGUAUUGAUAA